UUGCCAGGCGCCCGGGGAACGCGGAGGGAGGCAGCCGUUGUGGCGUGGCGUCUCCCAUUGAGCAGGGCGGGAGAGCGGGCGCGACGGCGGGUGCCUCAGGUUGCCGCCGGCAGCGGCCAUGAGUGCCCGGCGCUCCCCGGGGCUCCGGAGGGGGAGAGCGGAGAGUCGUCGUAAGAUUGAAGAUCUGAAGAAGAUAAACUAUGAGCUAAGGCAACGUGUCCUACAACUUCUCGAUACAAAGCAAGCGGUGGGAAGUCAAGUGGAUAGGUUCACCUGUAAAAAUGAUCACCUGUGUAAAGAACUGGCUGUAAUUGGCAAACUGUCUGAGCAGCUGGAAAAAGAAUUGCUAUUGAAUACUUCUGAUAAGGAGCUUAAGGAAGCAAAGAUUCAAAUUCAGAACCAGCAGAAGACAAUAAAGAAGCUGGAACACUCAGCAAAAACACUAAAAUCUGUUAUUUUACAAACAGAAGCUGAAAUGAAGCAAGGGAGGUCACCUUCAAAACUGGAUGCCUUUAUUAAGACACUGGAAGAGGACAGAGAUUACUAUAAAAAUGAGAAUGAGAAUUUGCUGAAGAUAUUUAGGAGCACACUUGCAAGUCCUAAGCGAACCAAUACUUGUGGCAGCAUCCUAAAAAAAAAUUCAUCCAUCCAGGGAGUGACCUUUGCUCCAGACGUUUUGAAAAUACUGAGAGAACAUGAAGAGCUUAAGUCAACCCAGAAAAAAUAUGAGCGCCAUAUAGCAGAAAUUCAGGGUAACCUCAACGUUUUAACAGCUGAGAGAGACAAAAUGGUCAAUCUUUAUGAACAGGCACAGCAAGAGAUUUCCCGACUUCGUCAGGAAGUUAUCAAGUGCCCAGGGAGUCCUAAAGCUACUGUGACAGCUCAAGCUAUGUUAAGACAAGUGGAGAUGGAAAGGGAUACAGUACUGUCAGAUUUUCGAAGGAUGACUACAGAACGUGAUAGCCUCAGGGAGCAGUUAAAGAUUUCCCAAGAGACUGUGUUUAAUGAAAAGGCUCGUUUGGAACAGAGAAUUGAAGAGCUAGAAGCUACUAUUCAAAAUUUAGAGAGUGAACGGUUAGAACAGGUGUCCAAAGUGGUGCUAAUGAAAGACACCAUUGAUUCUCUGGAAACUGAGACCAAAAGAUUGGCAAGAAAAGCACUGGACUCUGAAGCUGAGCUGAGUCGACGGGAAGCUGAAUAUGUUUCACUUAAUUUAUCAAAUGAAAAGACAGAACAGAGUCUUUCAGAGGCUCAGCAAAGCCUUGUUAAGAAAAAAUAUGAACUGCAAGUUGCUCAAGGGAAAAUUACACUUCUGGAUGAAAAAAUUGAUAACUUUUCAAGACAAAGUCUUGUACAACAAGAAGAGAUCUGUGCUUUGAAAGGAACAGUUGCGCAACUCACUAAAGAGAAGGCAUCUUUGCAAGGCUGUGUGGAAGAAGGAAGAAAAAAGAUUGCUACUUUUGAGGAAAGCCUGGCAACUAAAGAGAAAAUAAUUGCAGAUUUCAAGAUUCUGAUUUCUGAGUUGGAGCGUUCCAUAAAAAAAUCUUCUGAAGCACUUUGUAUCUGUGAGAAAGAUAUUACGACUUUGGAUCAACAGCUACAAGAAACCACCAAAGAACUUGUGCAGGCUAACAAGAACAGAGACUCAUUAGCUCAGGAGAAUGACAGGUUACAAGAGCAUCUUUCUAGCAUUAAGCAAGAAAAUCAGGUACUGUAUAAAAAACUAGCAAAGUACCAAAAUGAGCUUGAUGAUAUGAAGUUGAAAGCGCGGGAUUUAAACACAGAUAUUGUCAGGCUGAAGGAUGUACUGAAGUCUAAAGAGAGAGAGAACUGUGAGCUUUUGGAGAAUUACCACAAAGCCCGUGAACAAGGACAAAGUUGGGAAGCAAAAUGCCAUCAAGCAGAAGCAGAUUGUAGCUCUGUUAGACUGGUACUGAUCAGUGCAGAGUCUGAGAACUGCAGGUUGAAAGAGAAAGUGGAUUCCCUUGAAAGAGUGAUGGAGCAACUGCAGAGCAAGUGUGAGUCAUCCUAUUCUGAAAUAGAGCUGCUGAGAAAACAACUGGGAAAUGAAAGAGCAGCUAUGAAAAACCUGGAAUCUUUGCUUGUGUCCAGUCGUGAGAAAGAGCUUCAGUCACAGAUAGCAAAGCAAGAAAAAGACUCUACAAUUCAGUUGCUCAAGGAACAGCUUUCUGCAGCAGAAGAUACACUUGCUGUGCAGAGUCAAGAUUUUACUCAGCUCAGAAAUAGAGCAGCUCAGCUAGAGUUGGAACUGGAUAUGACCAAAAGACAGCUGGGGACUGAACGCACUGAAAGGCAACGUGUUGUAAAGGAGCUUCAACGUCGGAAUCGUACAAUCUCGUAUCAGUUAAGCUCUACAUUAAGAACAUCAUCACCCGAACAUUCCCAUCAGCCAUUGCCUGAUUGGUCUCCAGACUGGUCCCUGGAAGAGAAUUCUUGUUUCAAGGACUUACAAUGUUAUAUUCGCAACGGCUUAUGAAGACUGCACACCAUCUGGAGAGUUAAAGUUGAAUGCUCAUUUAAUUAAUCUUUCUUCCCUGCUGAAUGCUAAAUUUCAUUAAAUCUCAUUCACAAAUGCUUGCGUAGGUUUUUUAUCACUCUUAAUGUUGUUCAUCGAAAAGAAAACAGCUCAGAUAGCUUCCUCUCCCACCACUCUCCCAGCUCUUGAAUUACCGUGUGGGAUGGCCCAUCUUAGAAACAGAAAGAAAAAAGCCCCACAGGUUCCAUUGACUUUACUGACAGUGUGCUUUUAUUUUAAAAGUGCAUAAUUUUAAAAGGUUAUUGAUAUAACUGAAAAAAAGGGGAAAGAAAAUAACAACAUGAAACUUUAUUGGGGGAUAAAGUGUCUAUAUUCAGGUGUUAUGCUUUGGGUGUAUUUGUGCUGAACUAUGUGAGUAUUAUGCUUGAGAGAAUGCUGUGUCAUCUCAAGAUAGGAAGAGUUUGAGGAUUUUUUUCCUCUCUUCAAACACGACUGACUUAUUAAAUUGGAUAAAUAAGACAGCAAUGCCAGCAGAUACCACUGUUUAAAUACCCAUGUAUGAAGACAUGUAUUUUUUUGUACUGGAGGUGUGUUCAACUUCUAAGAUUUUAUUAAAACUGCACAAAGUUUCUACUUAGAGUUCUUUAAUAUGAGUGAGUACUGUUUGGUGAUCGUUAAUGGCACUUCAACUUGCCCAGAAAUUCCCACCCUUUGUUAUUUCAUAACAUUUAUCUGUGUUCUAUGUCCCAUGUUCUCACAUUUUAAAUGCGAAAGAAAAUGUAAAAUUCUCUCCUAUAACUCAUCUGGGAAAUCUAUGCUUCAGUAUUUGGAAAUAGAGAAG